AUGGCGUCUGCAAGGAUGCUACCAAAAUUGGGUCUUCAAGUGUUAAAUCUAGGAAGCAGCAUGAAUGUCAUAGAAGGCAUUCAAGCUAACCACGAGAUGGUGAGGACGGAGCGGGCCGAUCGAUUGAUGGCAGAUAUGCAACGAUGGCUGAAUGCAUCUGAUAUAUCCGUCCAACACAACGACACCAUCAACAAGCAACACUCAAACACUGGCAACUGGUUCAUCAGGGGUCCAGCAUUUUCCUCCUGGCACACCAAAUUCAGCAACACCUACAUCAUCUUGGACGGACUAGACGAGUACCCCAGGAAGACCGGCCGAGGGUGUCUGCUCAAGGCGAUCGAGGAAAUCCAGGGCUGGCCAGACUCUCGACUGCAUCUGCUCGUGUCUAGCCGCGAUGAGCCAGAUAUCCGAGACUAUCUUCGCCUGGCCACUCACGAGGAGGUCAAGAUCAACAAUGUCGACUUGGACAUUGAGACGUUUAUCACUGGAACCCUGCGGAACAACCGGAACCUUCAAAGGAUACUACCACAUUCUCCUAGAUUCCGAUGGGUCGAGUGUAUGCUCACAGCCCUAGAAUCCUGCCCGGUGGUAGAGGCACGAGUCAAGAGCUUGUUUUCCUCUGUGCCAUACCCCUUGUGUGAAACCUAUGAGCGUAUGCUUCUAGAUGUCGAACAAGGCUUUCUCGAAGAUGCAAGGAGCAUCUUGACAUUGCUCUGCUCUGCUGAGCGAUCGCUGACUGUUGCGGAAGUUGAUGGCACCUUGAGGAUGGGGCUUGGCGCAGAGGAUAUCCUUCUCUGCUGCCCAGGGCUCGUGGUUAUCGAGCACAACCAGGUCAGGCUGGUGCACAGUUCCGUGAGGGAAUAUCUGCAGUCGGAAAAUCUAGCUCAGGCGAAGUUUAGGGCAUCAAAUUUUUGGGUUCGCAAUGUUCCCGCUCAGUCUCAGGCUUAG